AUGACGCCUGUCGUAAUUGGGGAGGAGUAUUUCCCCAGCCUGGAGGUGCAGAGUGAUGAGGAGAUCUUGGACUUCAUUCACGAGAACAUCAUGACCUUCUUCCAUCUGCAGUCCACUGUCUAUAUAUUGGCGGAGAAGCUGGCGGAGGAGAUCAUUCUUCAGGAGGAUUAG